AUGGAGCUGGAAGAGACGGGCCUAGAAAUCAAGAGAUCAGAGCUUGGUGGUGAGGGCAUCUUUGCCACCAGAAGCUUCAAGCCCGGUGACCAGGUCUUUGCUGAGAAGCAUGUGGCACGGCUUGGCGUGACCGCUGUGGAUCGCGAUAUCGAAGGCCUCAAGGCCAGAUUCGACGAGCUUGCGGGUGAUGAUGGGGGCAUUAUGUUGACGAAUCUUCGGGCGACAUCGCUCUUUCGUGGCCCCUCAGGGAGCUUGGGAGAGGAGCGCCGCAAUGCGUAUGGCAGCUGGUCUUCGAGCACUUGGCCCGAUGCAUCUCCGGGACAGCAGGAGGCAAUGGCCGAUGCGAUGACAAUCAUGUCGUACAACUCUUACGUUUCGUCGGACAGCACCUGGCAACUGGUCUAUCCUAUCAUUUCGAAGGCCAAUCACUCCUGCCUCAGCAAUGUGACCACAGUCGCCUCGGAGGAUGGAUUUGGCGAACUCGUAUGCCUCCUUCCCAUUCAUGUUGGUGAUGAGAUUCUGACGAGCUAUUUGUGCGACUCGGAUCUUACACGCCCCAUAGCGCAGAGAAGGAAGAUUUUAUUGGAUCGCUGGGACUUUGACUGCUGUUGCAGCCGUUGUGUUGCUUUGGAGGACGACACUCGACGUUUCACCUGCCAGAGCCUCCGGGAUCCACCACAGUGGAUGGAAAAUCAGGAGGUGUCUGCAGACGAUGACCGCGACAUGGGAGAGUCGACAGAGUCUUCGACCCGUGCCGACAUCCUUGCUUCCUCGGAGGGGCUGCUUCCCAGCGGCCGAUGGGCCAAAGCCUGGCUGCAGCGCGAGGAGGAGGGAGAGGAGCUGCUUCAGGCAUUGCCCGAAGCGCUUUUUGCAGCUUGGGCCAAGCUGGAAGAGUUUGCUAAUGCACAUCCCUGCCAUGGACUGUCUGGUCGUUGGAAGCGACACCUGGCCAUGCACACCGAGCGUGAAGCUGCUGAAGCCGAGACGCCAGAGGAGGCAGAGGAGCUUUACGAGUUGGUCGAUCAGUACUUUGCAGAUUAUCGGAGGUGUCUGGAAGCCAUGCUGCCGGAACGCCAUGAAGGUGGCCUCCUGGACGGCCACACUGCCGCCGAUGCGAGGAGAAAGGAGAGGGAAAAAAGGGCCCCACCGGUGGACACCAUGAUCGUCACCAUUCCCGAGGGUUCCCAGCCCGGCGACGAGCUCUCCUUCACUGCGCCCAGCGGUCAGGAAGUGAUCGUCGCGGUGCCCGAGGGUGCACUGCCGGGCGAGGAGUUGGAGAUUCCGCUGCCUCCGCAAGCAAUGACAAAGGAAUCUGUUGCGAGCGGGGUGGGAGCUCGAGAUGCGGAGGCCGAUCGGCAGUGGGCACAGCUCACGAACAUCGGCGGCUAUCCAGCACUCUCGGCAGAACCGCCGAUCGCCACUUCUUACGAGCUCACGAAGCCAUCGGGACUGCCCGCCUUGCCUUCGAGCGCUGCGGGUGCGCCGGAUCCUGAGCCCGACGACGUGGCGGCCGCGCGGCAUGAAGUGGAGGCAGAGCUGCGAGCUCGCCAGACCACGAUGGAUGCCGUCGGAAGGGGAGCUGAAUCUGGUGUAUCGACCCCAGACACACAGCUGGCGAUCAAGAAGGACAGAGACUUUGUGCGUCGCAAUCUGCCAAUGAAUCUUCAGCAGCAGUACCUGCGGCGUGUUUCUACCCUUCACGACAUCGUGAACCGAAGCAUCAAGGUUCCGGUGUUCCACAAGCAGCUCUACACCGAGGACCCGAGGGUGCGGGCUGCGACUAUCCGGAUGGCGCAUGGCAUGGAGCCACCGCACUUCCGGAUGGCGCUGGAAGAGUCUGCACGGACUGGGUCCAAGUGGUCACAGAUGUUCCGUCCAGGUUUCAAUGACAUAGUCAAUGAGACAUUCAAAGUCGGUGCGAAUGCCUGCAUCUUCUCGAAGACCUUCCUUUCGAACAAGCAGGAACGAGAGCAGUUUCUGCGCAUGCACGUCAAGGACUCCAAUGGUAUUCUGUGGUUUGAGCUUCAGCGAGAACUGGAGAGCAUCUACUACCAGAGGAUCGACUUCGUGGAUGUCCAGAUGUACCACCCGUUCGCUUGGGGGUUUCCAGACUCCUCCAAGAUCGUGACGCCCAAUCCGGGUGAGCCGAUUGAUCCGUUCCAUGGCUGGUGUGCUCGAAAGAGCAUGGACAGCGUCACAGAGAUGGAGGACGUGGAUUUUCUCUACACCCUCCGUCUGCGCUGUUUCCCCGAAAGCACAUUUCAGGCGCUUUCGCUCGGAAAGAUCCCUGCGUUCAUUCAGCAGCCUGGCUCUUGGACUCCGCUGUCGACCGGGGACAUCCGCCGACAUGAAUAUGCCCAUGUUGCGAUGCUGCGCAUGCUGGUUUGUUCUUUAGUUUCGGCUCAGCCAGUGACGCUUUUUAGUCUCGGUAAACGUAUCUUGACCGGGUCCAAGACUGUGGCCAAGAUGCAGGUCUCGUUGGCAGUGUCGGUGAAGGGAGAGACGGCGACCUUCAACUUGACCCUGGGCAGCGACACUGACUGUGGCAGCCUUUUGGCCGAUAUCCACGGAGUGCUGAAGAAGCACACCCAGAGCAUCCUGGAUGAGAGCUCCGACGGAGAUCGGAGCGAAGUCUCAGAAAGCCUGGAGGUCCUGAAGAGCAUGGAGGAGGCUUCGAAGGGACUCUCCGAGCCCGCAGAGCCCCCCACCAUGGAGCCUCCCACGAAGCAGUCUGGCGCUGGCUUUACCCGUCCUCUGCCGCCUCCUGGCAAGGCUGCGAAGCCUCGCCCCAGGCGUACGAAGGUGGUGAUGGCAAGCAGCAUUGGCGAGGUCUUGGGGUGCAUCCCCAAGCUGGAGCCGAAGCGAACUUUCCGAGUCUCCGACGUCUCCGACAUCUCCUUCUUCGAAGAUGUCCGGAACGAGGUGCCAAAAGACCUGCUCUGGGACUCCGAAGCCUCCGAGUCUCCUCGCCAUAGGAAGGAGGAGUCGCUUCAAAUUCUGCUUCAGCCGCAGAGAUGUGGCCUGUCGGUGCAGGCGGCUGCUCUUGCAGCCACUUUCCAGUCAGGGCUUUGGUUGUCUCCCGGCAUCAUCGUGGGACAACAGUGGUCCAUCUGGUUUGAUUUGCGCAUGAUUGGAGUUUCGAACAUUGGUUCCAGUUUCGCCUGUUUCGUCGAGUCAGAGGGGCCCAUGAGCCAUGAGUUGGAGGAAGACGACGCUACGGUAUUGUGCAUGAUUCAGCGCUACAUUGCGGCUUGUUGGCUGAUGGCUCCUGAGAAGUCUGUGAAGUCUGGCAAAAAGUGGCUGCUGUCCUCAGAACUUCCUCAGAACCCGGAGCCGGCAGCCAGCUGUCAGGAGGAAGGGCCUGACAAAGCCACAGACGAGGCUGGGUCCAAGUCCGUUCUGUCCAAGGAUGAGAUGCUCGAUUAUGGUCUUCGGGAAGACCAGGAGACCCUGGCCCUGCCAGAGGACAUCAACCGACAGCAGAAAGGCAACUCAGGUCCGGAUGUAUUGGAUGCGCAGAUCAAGCAGUUCAAGCUGAAAGGCCUCAGCGCCAUGCGUGUCUUCCUACGCACCCGCGGCGUCCCGGACAACAUGAAGCAGUGUCAGAUUACGCCCAAGAUGGUGAAGGACAUGGCAGCGCAGCUGGGUGUGCGGCCGCAUCCAGAUCUGUAUUGGUAUUGCAUGUUUGCGCUUCGCUAUUCUCUGGCUCCCGAAUGGGAGGUGAUCGUGAAGCAAGACACUCGCUUCUAUGUCCAUCUGCCCACGGAUCGUAUGCAGAUCGUGCACCCGAUGAUUAGGCGCUUCCGGGAGCAUCUCGAGGACACUCGACAGAACGAGUUCCUCUGGGAGUAUCGUGGGUUCGUGCAGAUGAAAUGCAGCGAGUGCGGCAUUCCAGAUGCUAUCGUCUGGUGCCAGCAGUGUACAGACUACUUCUGCGCCACUUGCUUCCUUUCAACGCACAAGACGGCACGCGGAAAGAAGCACUGGCCGUCUCCCAUCCCGGGCUGCAGGUAUCUGACGGCAUCUGAGGCCGCCCGAAUGCACGACCACUUGCCGCUGCUGAACGUCGGCUUCUCUAUGCGCCGCCGGUUCCUGGCACGGGACAACCAGUCCGACCGGAAUGGCUCCCGCAGUGGAGACACCUGGCUGUUUUUCCAUGCCGACACCUUCGAGGCAGCCUUGUUGCAAGCUCCGGAGAAGCACUGGUUUCUGAAGCGUUUGAAGCCACCACGACUUGCGCCCACGGCUGAAGGCUACUACUACAACUUCCGCAACGAUGUGAUCGCAGAUGACCCUUCGCACAUCAUGUCGAAGGCGCACGAACAGAAAGCCAUCGCACUGCUGCAGAAGAACAUCCGUGGUGUCAUCACGCGAAAGCGCAUCAAGCAAGAGCUGAAGGCUGCCAAGAUCAUCCAGAAGAGUAAGCGGAUGUGGGACGUGCGCAAGGCCAAGACGGACACAGCACGAAACCUGCAGCUCCUCAAAGGCUGGUACAUGCGCUACCAGGCCAACGAGAGGCAGUCCAAGAUGCUCCACAGAGUGACCCGGUUCCAAGCAGUCUGGAGAGGUUACAUGGUUCGCUGUGACCAUUACCGAACGAUGAGGGACAUCACUCGCUUUCAGGCAAAGUGGAAGGGCACGCUCACCCGGCGCCGACAUCAAGUUCUGGUCAAGGCCGGCCUGACCAUUCAGCGAUACUAUCGCGGCAGGCUCUAUGGCCGUAGGCCCAUGCGGGAGAUGAACGAGGCAGCCUCGAAGCUCCAAGCUAUGGCUCGGGGAGUCGCUCUGCGAGAUGCAGGGCGAGACAAGAAUCGUGCAGCUGCCUAUGUGCAAGCCCAUUGGCGAGGGUACGAGGCACGCAAGAUGACGGCGAGGAGAUUGAACUCUGUCAUCAUGCUGCAGCGGAAUUGGCGAAGAUUCCAGUCGCAGUUAGAUGUCAAGGUCAUCCUUUACGACAGGAUGGAGACUGUGCGGCAGCGGUUUCUGGAGCUGAUCCGGUCAAAGCUGGAGGGCUCCGCGGCUGUUCUGAUUCAGCGAAACUGGCGGCGGCACUCCGAGUACCAUAAGGUCGUCACAAUGAGGAAGACCAAGGCAGAGGCCGACAAGCGUAUCAGCACGCUUCUGACAGCCUUCUACACCGCAGCAUCAGAGAUUCGACACUACAUCCACCCGUGGUGGCGGCAUCUGCCUGCAGACAUCCAGGAGGUGCUGUCUCAAGUGAAGGCCUCGAUGCAGCGCACCAUCGGCCUCGUCCAUGUGACCGGCAAACUGGCAAACGAAGAGAUUGGCAAGCGAGGCCUGCGUGUCUCUGGGCAUGAACAUCUCUAUUACAACAGUGACAAGCCUGAUCUGGCAUCCCAUAUGCUGCUCUCCGUCACGCGGCAUCUGCUCAACCAGAUCCCAGCAGAGACGUUCCCCCAGACCGUGGAUUGGGCCUGCUACGCCAUGGGCCAUCAAGCCGUCAAAUUCGCGCUCAGCCGCAGCUUCAUCGCCCGGGAGAUCAUUCCGGUGGGCAAAGAGAUCCCGCCGCAUCCCGGAGACUCUUUGGCGACUCUUUGGGAAACAAGUGGGACGGUCAAGCACCACCAUGACUGGCUCAUCACCCUCUCAGAGGAGAGCUUGCCAUGUUUGGUGCUGAACACGCUCCCCGCCAGCCAUCGCCACGUUUACCUGACGGCAGAGGUGUUGGUGACGAUGCGCCAAGCAUUGGAAUCGCCUACGAUCUCCACAGAGGACCAUCUGCGUUUUCAAGGCCUUGAUGCCACCGCGGGGGCCCAGAUGAUGGAGGUCUUGAGCAGCGAGCUCGACCACCGAUUGCCCCAUGAUUGGACGCAGCAACAUGGGACGGUGGCAGCGCUGGCGAUCGUGCUGAGCAACCACAUGAAGGAUUUCAGUGGAGAAAAAGACAAGGACGGAAAGCCUCUGUCGACCAAGGCAAAGGCGAAGUCAAAGUCCAAGGCAGAUGCAAAGGCCAAAGGCGCCGCCAAGCGAAAUCAGGGAAGGAUGAGCACCGGCCUGGAUAUACCCAGAGAUGGUGACUCUGUGUCAGUGGCCACCACCACACCGGGGGCGUCGCCAACCGCACCCUUUUCCACACCGUUGCCAGAAGGUGGAGCGCUUUCUCACUUCACUCGAGCCGCCACGAUGCGGGUUCUGCAGCAGGUUGGAUACUUCAUGCGGGGUCAGGAUGAAGCCAUGCAGAGCGUGCUGGCCAAAGGUUCCUCGGAUCCGGCCUCCCCGAAAGCUGGAGCAGGUAUGCGUGCAAACCGCUUCGUCUCCGUCACGGACAAAUUGUUUGAGAUGGCCGACCGAGCGAUGCAUGAUCAUUGCUCCUUCGUGCUUGCAGUCGUUCUACUGCACAUGGUCCUCAGAGGGCUGCAUCUUCGUUUACUGUAUCACCGAGCUGCUGUUUCCAUCCAGCAGCGAUACCGUUACAUCAAGUUGCGGGGGCAGAAGCAGAAUGCUAUUGCGCCUGCGAUGCGAAUUCAACGGCAUUGGCGUGGACUUCGCGCCGCCUUGGGCAUAAUGCGCAAGGACGACGCUGCAUGGAAGAUUCUCCGGAACUACAAGGCGUGGAAAUGGAAUCUCCGAGCUUCCAAGCUCCUCAACUCCGUACUCCGAAUUCAGAGAGCAUGGCACAGCUCGGUGCACCGGAAGUGGAUCAAGCGUUGCCACAAAGCCGCUGCGUGCAUCCAGCGCCAUGCGAGGGGCUUCGCGGUGCGGCUCAUGCUGGAUCCAGUUGGACGACAGCUGACCGGCCAGUGCCAAGAUGAAAUCGAGGCCCUGGUCGCUGCCAGAAGUCAGAUGUCCGAGACUCGGUGGUGGGCCAAAACGGCCGUCCGGACGGCAAAGGCUCGGGUCGAGAUGGCGCGGCAUCGCCAGCGCAGUCUCGAUCGGAUCCUCAUGCAAGGUCUCGGGCCCAGGUCUGAUCAGGCCCGGCUCAUGGACAAGCAGAGGAGGCUGAGGUACAAAGGAGCUCUGCAGCCCGCCAGGGAGUCGGUCUUCGAGCCUUUCAUCUUCGCUUUGGCGCGGCUAGAUGCCGUCGAGCCACGGUACGGUGCGAAGCGCUCGCCCGUCAUGCAAGAGGUAGAAAAGGCUCGGAAGCACCUCAUCAGGUGGUUGCCAGCUCCUCCGCCGCCACUUCCGCACAUAGCUGCGCGCCGCGGCCGCCGUGCUGUCUUGGCACGGCGUCUGGCGAAGAAGGCGCGGCACGCGCAACCCGUGCCCGAGGUUGACAUGGAGGAGGAGGAAGAUGAAAGCGGACAGCUAAUUGUGCGGCAGGAUGGCGCAGAGUUGGAUGACGACGAGUUCCAGCACUGGAAGCAACGCCUGUUAGCCGUGGCUCCGUACCGAGCUGCCUCGUGA